AAAAACGAAAAGACAUCUGCAUCGCUGCAUAAUAAUUUUUUAAUUCUAUUCUUUUUUAAUUCCAGGUUUGACGUGUUCAUUAAAGGAUUAACGAGGCGAUAUUAAAUAUAGUAGUUAAAUAUAUACAAACGAUAUAAAGUAUUAUUAUAUAUAAGCUAUGUGUAAAACACGUCAGAAAAUAUUUACCACAUUACUAUUUUACAAAAGAAUGAUAAGGGACAUCACGAGUACGUCGAUGCGACGAAAUUCACAUUAUGUGUUGAGCUAUAUUUUUCUGGAAUAUCUGCAUCGUAGAUUUCAAAGAUUGCUCAAACAAAAUCUCAGUUGGAUCACAUUACCGAAUACAGUUUUAAAACGUAUGUUGGCCGAUUUAGAGAUAACACGAAACGAAUACGUCGAUUAUGAUUCCUGUGCAAUAGCGAACAUGCAACUCUCAAGAAAACCAUCGAGUUCUCCUUGGUUCAACAUAUGUUCGAUGGCAUUAAUGAUGAGAUAUAAAUUAAUGAUUAUAUCCGUACCGGAGAUUAAUGAGAAUGUUAUCCUGAUCUCUGAAACGACGGAGCAUAAUUUACAAAAAAUUUUUCGUUGUGAACAAUUAGACGGUUCGUGUUUCAUAUUACCAUCAGAAGACGAUGCAAUCGAGUUUGCCGCCGAGGCAAGAAUAUCCUUAAUCGCUAAUCCGCAGAAUUGCGCGACCGAAACGCUGGAUGUCAUGUUGCAAAAUUAUUUUCUAUAUCCCAGAUUUUUACACGUGAACGACGUGUUCAGAAUCGAUGCGAGAGAAUACGGUCAAGAUCGGUUUUACUCAUCUGCUUCUCCAGGGAUCUCUGCAAUAUAUUUUACAGUUAGAGCUCUCAGAGUGAAUCGUAAUGGGCAUAGCAGCAACGUUAACAGCUGUUACGUUGUACGUGGAGAGUCAACACUCAUUCAGGAAACACAGGUCCACGAUUACAUUCCUCGAGAACGCGUUUGCUCGCUUCCUAAUGGCAUCUUACGAUGGAACGACGUGGCACAAGAAUUGCUGAAUCGUAGAUAUCCAUCGGCUCUGAUGGAAUCUCUGGAAUAUUUAGAAUCUUGCAUCAUGCCGUUUCUAAAAAAGGAUGUACAAUUGAACAUAAGACCGGUAUUUCUUGUGAAAGGAUCACGGGGUUGUGGUAAACAUAAAUUAGUUCGAGCUGCGUCCAAAAGAAUAGGUUUGAACUUCCUCGGUAUUGAUUUCGUGGAGGUGCAGACUUUAACAUCCGCGCAGACCGAAGCCAAACUCCGCAUGAUGUUGCAGAAUGCUCAACAAUGCGUACCAUGUAUAUUAUAUCUAAAUAAUAUUCAAGUGUUCGGUAAGACUGUUGAAGGCCAAAAGGACGAAAGAGUUAUAUCCGCUUUUUCGACGGAGAUCACUAUGUUGUACGAUAAACCUCGGAAAUUUCCUCUGAUUAUUGUAGCUGCGUCGGAUGAGACUGACAUUCCUGCGGAACUGCAAAGGAUAUUCAUCGAGACGAUUCACAUAAAGCAUUUAAAUCAAAGUGAACGAGUGAAAUUGAUAUCUUGGUUUUUGUCCAACAGGAAUCUAACGACUACUGCGAACCUAGAAGAAAUAGCUGGUCUUUGCUCGGAUUUUAAAUUUGCGGAUCUGUUAGCGUUAUUGUUGCAUGCAGUUAAAUUUCGAUGUAAAUCAAUGCCGCGCGAUCAGAAAUGUACAUUUAUUCUGGAACAAGAAGAUUUUGAUCGAGCUUAUGAGUAUAUGCAGUCUAUAUAUUCAGACAGUACAGGUGCUCCGCGUGUGCCAGAAGUUCAUUGGAAGGACAUAGGUGGUUUGGCGGAAUUAAAACAUGAAAUUAUUCGUAGAAUUCAAUUGCCUCUGUUGAACGCCUUCGGAUUUGGACAAUCCGGAUUAUUAUUAUAUGGCCCACCUGGUACCGGGAAAACUCUUCUCGCUAAAGCAGUGGCGACGGAAUAUCGGAUACACUUUUUAUCGAUUAAAGGUCCGGAAGUGUUAAAUAUGUACGUCGGUCAGAGUGAGAAAAACGUCAGAGAAAUUUUUGAGCGUGCGCGUUCCGCGGCUCCUUGCAUCAUUUUCUUUGACGAGUUAGAUUCGUUGGCGCCUAAUCGAGGUAGAAGUGGAGACAGCGGCGGCGUAAUGGAUCGCGUAGUUUCCCAAUUACUCGCUGAGAUGGAUGGCCUUGAAGAAUCCAGCAGUAUCUUCAUCAUAGGAGCCACGAAUAGACCCGAUCUCAUAGAUCCUGCGCUGCUCCGACCUGGAAGAUUCGACAAAAUGCUCUAUGUCGGUAUUCACUCCGACCGUGCAUCUAAACUCAGCGUUUUGGAAGCGCAGACACGUAAAUUCGAGUUUCAAGAAAGCGGACGAGAACUGGAACAGAUCGUGGAUCAAUUGCCCGACAAUGUCACCGGCGCAGAUUUGUACUCGGUCUCUUCCAAUGCUUGGCUCAAUGCUGUACGCGAGAUGCUUGCAAAGCAGGAAAUUAAGAAGACUAACAAAGAUUACUCUAUUGAGGAUGAAGGUGUAAUUAAGGAUAAUGUUAUCGUCGAAUUGCAUCAUUUUUCAGAUGCUAUUCGCGACUUAGUACCUUCAGUUACCGAUGAAGAGAUAGAAAGAUAUAACAGAAUGCGGGUAGAGUUAUCAUCGUUAUAAUUUUGAAACCAUCUUCUAAAUAACCUAUAGUACAAAAUAUACAUUUAAUUUCUCUCAAAAUUUCCCCAAUAUUUUGAAUAAUGAGUAACCAAGUCGAUUGUUCGCAAUGCUAGAUUUUACAACGUAUGUUUUUACAACGUAUUUUAUCAUAUGCCAAAAUGUUCAAUUCUUCGCGAACAUCGCGAACAUUAGAGCGUAUUAAAUAAUAUCUGUCAAUUUAUCUGUGAAAAGGUACAAUCUCGCAAUGAAACAACGCGCAAUAUUAUAAA